CACGUUCACUUGUUGCGAUAACCCCCACUCGCAAUCCCGAAUGGCUUCGCGACAGCCAGUAUCUUCAGUCACAAAAUACGGCAACAAUGCAUCAUUCUGGGUGGAAUACCCUUGUGGUUUGAUUGAUUUGACUCGAAAACUAUCAGCGCCCAUCGCAGAACACGAUCCUCCGCCUCUCCGUCCUGGUCAGCUGGACGUAACAGUAGACGGGGAACGAACAAUUCGCAUUGAUGCCAAAUCCAGUGCUGUUAUCAUAAUUGACAUGCAAAAUUAUUUCUUGCAUCCCGAUCUCGGGAACCAUCCCACCGGGCUGAAAUGCGUGGAGCCUCUCAUGAAAUUGGUUCCUGCUGCGCGAGAGAGGGAUAUCAAGGUUCUCUGGGUGAACUGGGGUCUUACUGACCACGAGUUACAAACUAUCCCACCUUCCCUCGUCCGUGGAUUCACGAAGGCCGGACGUGGUGGCUUCGGGUCCGAACUGCCAGGAGCAUUUGGGAGACUCCUCAUGCGGGAUGCCCUCAAUUCAGAUCUUUACGGUCCCUUGCAAGAAGAAUACCUCAAGGGCAAGGAACUAGGAACUGAUUUCUGGAUCCACAAAAACCGCAUAAGCGGUUUGUGGGGAUAUCAGUCCGCCCUUGACCUCUUUCUCGCGGAGAACGGGAUCACGACACUGUUUUUCGCGGGUGUCAAUACAGAUCAGUGUGUGCUUGGGACACUCGUUGAUGCCUAUUUUCGGGGAUAUGAUUGUAUACUCCUCAAAGAUGCUACGGCCACGACAUCACCGGAAGGCGGCUAUGAGAAUGUCGUGUACAAUGCCACAAAGGUCUACGGCUUCGCUACCACCACUGAUAGGCUACUCUAGGGAAAAAACCGGCAUAUGUCAAUACAUUGUUACAUGUGAAUAUAUGAAUUGUGAUACAA